UUAUUGAGAAAGACGAAUGAAUUGUGAAAAAAGUUAUUUCUAAAUAAAAGGAGGAAAAGCAGUUCGAAUAUUAAUCAUAAUAACUAUCAUGUCUAUUAGCAAUGCAGACGCUGAUGACCUAUUUUUCUCAUCUGACAUAGGAAAACGUUUAGUAGAGGCCGCCUUGGCAACUAAUGAACCCACAGCAACAUCCUUAAAGACAUUCAAUAACGUUGAACCUAUUGAAUGUGUGACAUUAAUUAGUGAUGACUCGGAUACUGAGCUCUCACCGAAACGAAAAAUACCUCAAACUGGCGGUGCAGUGAAAAAGUAUGCCGCCGAUGAAGACUCUAACGAUGCCCAAUUGACAGCUGAUGAAAGGCGUACUAGCCGUCGAAUUAAGCCGAAGGUAGAUUAUACUAAUAAGUCUAAUGUUCAAAACAGUGAAGAAAAGCCGGCAACACCGUCUGGUAUGCAGGCUGUAGGAACCAGUUCUUCUACAACGGAAAAAAAAUUAGAAAAUAAACCAAAAAAAAAUGAAACUUCUCGCAGCCCAUUUCCCAAAGAGAUAACUGACCCGCGUGAAGCCGCUGCUGCUGCUGCGGAGGCUUAUAAGGAAAUUCUUACAGGCUUGGAAGGGGCAGCUUUUCAAUCCCGCCUACCGUUUGAUAAGAUGACUUCUAAUGAGGCUGCCUGCUUUCCUGAUAUAACGAAAACCGGUUUGGUUGCACAGCGUGUAUUUCUAAAUAUCCGUAAUCGUUUGCUGCAAAUGUGGAUAGAAAAUCCCAAACUACAGCUGGUUUUAGAGCAAGUGCUUAAAGAUAUGGAGCCACCAUUUGAUAGUGAUCCGAAUUUGGUGAAACGUAUUCAUUCAUUUCUAGAGCGUCAUGGUUUUAUAAACUUUGGUAUAUUUACACGAAUACGACAAUUACCAAUGAAAAAGCUUGGAAAAGUUAUAGUUAUAGGGGCAGGCAUAUCAGGUUUGGCGGCUGCUCAACAACUGCAACAAUUUGGUAUGGAUGUCAUUGUAUUGGAGGCUAGAAAUCGCGUAGGUGGACGUAUUGCUACAUUCCGUAAAAACAGCUAUAUUGCUGACUUAGGUGCUAUGGUCGUGACAGGCGUCUGGGGCAAUCCAAUGACUAUUUUAAGCAAACAAAUCGGUAUGGAAAUGGUGCCCAUACGACAGGCUUGCCCACUUUUUGGAGCAGGCGGCAAACCAGUACCAAAGCAUAAAGAUGACAUGGUAGAACGAGAAUUCAAUCGUCUAUUGGAAUCUGCUAGCUAUUUAUCACAUCAAUUGGAUUUCAAUUAUGCAGGAAAUACGCCAGUGUCAUUAGGUCAAGCAUUAGAAUGGAUUAUUAAACUGCAAGAGAAGGCGGUAAAAGAUAAGCAGGUACAACACUUGACUCAAGUCUGUGAGAUACAAAAAGCAAUUAUAGAAAAUCAAACCAAAAUAAGUGAAGUUCUAGAGUCUAUACAUAAGCUAAAGAGUUCGCAUAGCAAGUUGUUGGACACUAGACCAAUCCGUACCGGUGAGACAGACACCGCGUUUAUGGAACAUGAGUUUGAAUUGAGAGCAGCUGAUUAUGAAUGGACGAAAGCAUAUAAACAAUAUGAAGAGUUGCUGAAAGAAGACGAGCUCUUGCAAAUGAAAUUAAAAGAAUUGGAAGCCAAUCCACCAAGCGAUGUUUAUUUAUCAUCUAAGGAUCGUCAGAUACUAGAUUGGCAUUUUGCUAAUUUAGAGUUCGCCAACGCUACCCCAUUGAAUAACCUGUCUCUAAAACACUGGGAUCAAGACGACGACUUUGAAUUUAUUGGUAAUCAUACCACCGUACGCAAUGGCUAUUCAUGUGUUCCCAUCGCUUUAACUGAAGAUCUAGAUAUACGCAUAAAUACUGCUGUUAAAGUUAUCAAAUAUUUCCCCACUGGCGUGGAAAUCGUAACUGAAAAUGUGAAAACUAACAAUUCCUUAGUUACCUAUAAAGCCGAUUUGGUUCUUUGCACCUUAACCUUAGGUGUUUUAAAAAUAGCCACUGCUAAAGUGCAAUCCCAACAGGCGAAUACAGUAAAGUUUGUACCGCCUUUGCCCGACUGGAAACAACAGGCCAUACAACGUUUGGGAUUUGGUAAUCUUAACAAAGUUGUAUUAUGCUUUGAUCGAAUAUUUUGGGAUCCCAAUACGAAUCUAUUCGGCCACGUUGGCAGCACAACGUCCAGCCGUGGUGAAUUGUUUUUAUUCUGGAGCAUAUCCUCGUCGCCAGUAUUACUCGCCUUAGUCGCUGGACAAUCGGCUGCCAUUAUGGAAAAUGUCUCCGAUGACGUAAUAGUCGGACGUUGCAUUGCCGUAUUAAAAGGAAUUUUUGGUAAUGGCUCGGUACCGCAACCCAAGGAAACGGUAGUAACACGUUGGCGAGCCGAUCAAUGGGCUAGAGGAUCCUAUAGUUUUGUAUCUGUCGGCUCCUCGGGCAGUGAUUAUGAUUUAUUAGCUGCCCCGGUAAUACCGCCAAAUCCAACCAAUCCAAAUCCUAAUCAAGAAUUGGACGAAUUACCUCGUCUUUUCUUUGCCGGCGAGCACACCAUACGAAAUUAUCCUGCCACAGUACAUGGAGCUUUUUUAUCCGGUUUACGUGAAGCCGGACGCAUAGCCGAUUAUUAUUUAGGUUAUCCUGAGGGCACACCGCCUGACAUCGGAUAUUCUGUAAUCGAAGCGGCUAAUUCAGCUUCGGUUGGAGAUACAGUGGAUCUAGUAGAUAUAGUCAAUUCAUGUUCUUCAUCCUCGAAAAAUUCCGAUGACAAAUGCAGUCCUAACGACUGCCAUGAGUGAUGUUUUUUUAAUGACUUAAUACAAUUAAUUUAGUAUUUUUUUUUUUUUUUUUUUUUAAUUUUUGUUUUAACAUUUU